AUGGCUGAUCGGGUGCUUGUGAUUGGCAGCGGAGGGAGAGAGCACGCGCUGGCCUGGAAGUUGGCCCAGUCCCCACAUGUAAAACAUGUGUUUGUUGCUCCAGGAAAUGCAGGAACAGCUGACAAUGGAAAAAUUUCAAAUUCAGCUGUAUUAGUGAGCAAUCACACUAUUGUUACCCAGUUCUGCAAAGAUCAUAACAUUGGGCUUGUGUUAGUUGGACAAGAAGCUCUUCUGGCAGCUGGGAUUGUUGAUGACUUGAGAGCAGCAGGAGUUAGGUGUUUUGGACCAUCUGCAAAAGCAGCCCAGCUGGCAUCCGACACCAGUUUUGCCAAAGCCUUUCUGGAUCGACAUGGGAUCCCAACAGCAAGAUGGAAAGCCUUCACCAAUCCCCAGGAAGCUUGUAGGUUUAUUAUCAGCACAGACUUUCCUGCACGAGUUGUAAGGGCGAGGGGCCCUGCUGCUAGGAAAGAAGUGACUAUUGCAGCCAGCAAAGAGGAAGCCUGCAGAGCUGUCCAAGAGAUUAUGCAGGACAGAAUGUUUGGAGAGGUGGUUGUUAUUGAAGAACUUCUUCAAGGGGAAGAACUUUCUUGCUCGUGCUUCACGGAUGGUGUCACUGUUGCCUCAAUGCCCCCAGCCCAGGCCCACAAACGAUUAUUAGAUGGUGACCAGGGUCCAAACACUGGAGGGAUGGGAGCCUACUGCCCGGUUCCUCAGGUUCCAGAAGUUCUUCUAGAGAAAAUCAAUGAUGCUAUCCUGCAACACGUUGUUGAUAGUAUGAGACAAGAAGGAACAACAUAUGUAGGUGUGCUGCAAACAGGUUUAAUGCUUACCAAAGAUGGUGUGAAAAUUUUAAACUUUAAAUGUCAGUUUGGUGACCCUCAGUGUCAGGUAAUUCUUCCACUGCUUAAAAACGAUUUUUAUGAAGUGAUUCAAGCAACAAUUGAUGGCAAACUCUGCAGCUUCAUGCCAGCCUGGUCAGAAAAUAGUACAGCCGUGUGUGUGGUCAUGGCAAGUCCAGGAUACCCAGGGGACUGUGACAAAGGCAUGGAGGUAACAGGGCUGCUGCAAGCCAAAGAGUUAGGGCUGGAGGUGUUCCAUGCUGGCACAACGCUGAAGGAUGGCAGAGUGGUGACAAGUGGUGGCAGAGUCCUCUCCAUUACUGCUGUUAAGGAGGACCUGGUGAAAGCACUGGGAGAAGCCAACAGGGGUGUAGCAGCCGUACGUUUCAAGGGUGCCACUUACAGGAAGGACAUUGGCCAUCGGGGUAUACGGCUUCUCAAACAGUCUCUGGGGCUAAUAUACAAAGAGAGACAUGUGGAAGCUGUAACCAGUGGUGUUUUGUUUCAUCAGCGGGAAAUGUCGAUUGUAAGUGGUACCAGAUCAGGCAUAUCAGAAGUAGGAGGCUUUGCUGGUUUCUUUGACUUGAAAGCAUCUGGUUAUGAUGAUCCUAUCUUGGUAUCUCAAACUAAAGGCCUUGGACCUAAACUGCAGAUUGCACAAGUGUGUAAGAGACACGACACCAUAGGUCAGGACCUGGUUGCCAUGUGUGUCAAUGCCAUCCUGGCUCAAGGAGCAGAGCCCCUCUUCUUUCUCAAUUAUUUUGCCUUUGGCAAACUUGACGUUGAAGUGACUGAAACAAUCAAAGAAGGAAUAGCUGAAGCUUGCAGAAAAGCAGGAUGUGCUUUCCUGGGAGAUAUAUUGCUGACCCCAGCAAAAAUGUACAGUCCGUCUUUGCUGCCUGUCCUUCGUUCAGGGCACGUGAAGGCUUUUGCCUUUGUUGCUGAGGAGGGGUUGCUGGAAGGCAUCUCCAGAAUCCUGCCAGAACAUGUCAGUGCUGUCCUAGAUGCUCUCAGUUGGAAGAUUCCUGAAAUCUUUUGCUGGCUUUACAAAGAAGGAAACCUCUCUGAGGAGGAGAUGGCUCAGACAUUUAAUUGUGGGAUUGGUGCAGUCUUGGUUGUACAGAAGGACCUGGCUCAGCAUGUUCUCAAGGACAUACAGAGACAUGAGGAAGCUUGGCUGAUUGGAAGGGUUGUUGCCCCGUGUCACACAGGUUGUCACAUCAAAGUUGAGAAUCUUCUUGAAGCUCUGCAGCUGAGCAGCCCCCAGCAUCUGCUGAGUAAUGCUGUUGUUGAGAGUCAACACCAACCCCGAAAGAACAAAGUUAAAGUGGCCGUUCUCAUCUCUGGAACAGGCACAAACCUUGCUGCGCUCAUCAGUUAUGCAAAAGAGCCAGGCAGCUGUGCUCAAGUUGUUCUUGUCAUCUCCAACAAGUCUGGUGUGGAAGAACUACGAAAUGCAGCCCGGGCUGGAAUUCCCACCAGGGUGAUUGAUCAUAAGUUGUAUGGGAGUCGCUCUGAAUUUGACAGCACGAUUGACCGAGUUCUUGAAGAAUUCGCUGUUGAACUAAUAUGUCUUUCAGGAUUUAUGAGAAUUUUGUCUAGUCCUUUUCUCAGGAAAUGGAAAGGGAAAAUUUUGAAUGCUUCCCCAUCACUUUUCCCACCAAUAAAGGAUGGAAAUGCCCAUCAGCAAGCCCUCAAAGUCACAGGCUGCACCGUGCAUUUUGUCCUGGAGGAGUCUAGUCCGAAAGCAGUGAUCCACCAGGAGCCAGUAUCUGUGAAAGCAGAUGACACCGAGGAGACGCUGUCAGAAAGGGUUAAAGAAGCUGAGUGCCGGGCUUUUCCCAUCGCCCUGCAGCUGGUGGCCAGUGGAGCAGUGCAGUUAGGAGCCGAUGGUAAAACCUACUGGAAACAAGAGAGCCGAAGUCUCUGUCUUCAAGAGGAGAUAUUCACGUCCUCUCUCAUGGCUCUGGAGCCUCAAGAAAAUAAUGUGGCGUAG